AUGACAGAGCCAAACUCAAGCGGUAAAAAGGAAGAGGAGGUGCUCUCGAUGUUCUUUGACGAGGAUUUCGCACCCACAGAUUACGUGGAUGCAAUAUUUUCGUCUGGUUUGCGCAAAGAGGAAACCCGUAUGAAGGACAAGUCAUUGCAUUUUGCAAAUGUUGCAUCUUUGCAAAGUUUGCAGACCAAAUGCUCCUCGUUACUCACACAUUUUGACUAUUACACAAACGAGCUCACGCGGCGGUUUGAGGAUAAGAUGAGGGAGCUUGAAAAUACAUCUUCGAUAAUAUCGUAUCGGCGAAAUUCGAGUGAUGAAGUGAAAAAUAGUGAGGAAAGCACGGUAGGUGGUCCAGAGGCUGGAAUUACGAGAUUGGAGUAUUAUGUGGAUAAUCUAACGAGCUCGCUGAUAUCGGCACAGAUGGAUUUGGCCUCUGCAACGCAGAAAACCACGAAAUUCGCCCGAGACCAGUCAUUUUUACAAACGGAAUCGUCUGUUGAAGAACUAAAGCAGAUGAUUGAGAUUAAGCGCCGAAUCUACAAAGUGGUGGAGGUAUUUGACACGGUGCGGUCUCUUAUUUCAUCUGGAGAAGACGGUGAGGAAACUGCAGAAGUUGCGAAUGCAGAAAAUAAUGGUGUUUUUGAAAUUGCAAUGACAGGAUCAAACACUUCUGGCCACCAGAAAGAGGAUGAGCUUGAUUUGAAUGAGAAAGAUCCAGAUUUGCACUUUAGCGCGGACACUUUUGCCUCUGCACUUUCACUUUUGAAAGAGUUGAUUCUUGAGCAAAUCUCAUCUGAGCGUAGAUUAGUCCAGGAUGAGCAAAGGAAGAUGAAAGGUCCAAAGAAGGAGUUUGUAGUUGUGAUAGACGGGAUGAUCAGACUAGAGCCUUUUUUCAGCAGUAUGGUGAGGUUCAAUUCCCAGUAUAAGGAGUUUGUGGGCUUUCUAAAGACGGAAAAGACGCGAUACAUGAAGAUAUUUGCUUAG